AUGGAACCUCUGAUUCCAGAGACGGCAUUGGGAAACUUCAUGUGGGUGUUUGGAGGGUGGUACACGAAAUUUUCACACUUCUCUCACAACUCCACGCAGUUGACCAGCAAGCAUGUUUUUGCAACAUUGUCAUUCAUUGCUGAGAUAUUUAUAUUCCUUUAUGUUGGGAUGGAUGCACUGGACAUAGAGAAGUGUCAAUUCAUAAGCCAAAGUCCUGGAAAAUCAGUUGGGAUCAGUUCAGUGCUUCUAGGACUUAUCCUAGUUGGAAGAGCAGCAUUUGUUUUUCCUCUCUCAUUCUUAUCCAAUUUGCUCCAGAAAUCCCCACAUGUGAAAAUUGACAUGAAGCAACAAGUCACAAUCUGGUGGUCUGGUCUCAUGCGAGGUGCUGUUUCUAUAGCACUUGCUUACAACCAGUUUACAAGGCUAGGCCACACUACGUUGCGUGAGAAUGCCAUCAUGAUCAUUAGUACCAUUCUGUUGUUCUCUUCAGCACAGUAG